CCCUGAAUCUAUUAAUUUGGACUGUCCAUUCUCCAUCUUCUUCUUCUCAUUCUCCUGCAGAUCCAAUUCCAACCAGACAGAUGAUCAUGGUUAACCCUAAACCAAGUUCAAGAUUCAUCUUUUUUACUCUAACCCUCUUUCUCAUUCUAACCCUUUUCAUCACCUCCGCGAUCACAUCUGUAAAUGCCCAACUUGAUAACGAAGAUUUGGAAGCUGAUUUUGACGAACUGAUAGCAUUGGAUGAGGAAGUAGAUUCAGAACGAAAGUCAGAAGAGAAGAAUGGAAACAACAUUAAGCAAUCCGAAGCAGAGCUUUUGAGCAAGGCCCAGAGGAUUGUAAUUGAACUUAAUAGUGAUAACACAAAAAGGGUAAUUGACGAAAAUGAAUUCAUUCUUGUUCUGGGUUAUGCUCCUUGGUGUCCUAGAAGUGCUGAGCUUAUGCCUCGUUUCGCUGAGGCCGCUACGGCAUUGAAGGAUCUUGGAAGCUCUCUUUUAAUGGCCAAGAUCGACAUCGAUCGUCAUACAAAAUCUGCAUCAUCUCUUGAAAUCAAAGGGGUUCCCACUCUUCUUCUCUUUGUUAAUGGCACAUCUCAGCCUUAUUCUGGUGGAUUCACUUCGGAAGAAAUUGUGGUUUGGUCAAUGAAGAAGACAGGUGUACCUAUCCAAAGAAUUGGAUCAGUUAGUGAUGCAAAUCAGUUUCUAAACAAGCAUUCCAUUUUUGUUGUUGGGUUCUUUGAUAAAUUUCAGGGAUCUGAAUACGAAGAGUUUGUGAAAGCUGCAGCAGCAGAAAAUGAAAUCCAAUUUAUAGAAACAAGCAACUUAGAUGUCGCCAACAUUCUAUUCCCGGAUGUUAAAAUUGACAAUCUUUUCAUUGGUCUUGUAAAAAACGAGGCAGAAAAAUUCACUUCUUUCAAUGGAAUCGUCACUGUUGAUGGAAUAUUGCAGUUUGUGAACUAUAACAAGUUCCCAUUAGUCACAAUACUGACUGAAUUGAACUCUGCUAAAGUUUACUCUAGUUUGAUCAAACUCCAGCUUUAUGUUUUUGCAAAUGAGGAUGAUUUUAAGAGCUUAGUUGAACCCCUUAGAGAGAUUGCAAGAAAGUUCAGAUCAAAGAUAAUGUUUAUUUAUAUUGAUAUAAAUGAGGACAAUCUUGCUAAGCCCUUCCUUACUAUGCUUGGGAUAGAAGGCUCAGAUGAGACUGUCGUGGCUGCUUUUAAUAAUGAAAUUAGCUCAAAAUAUUUAUUAGAGGCAGAUCCAACACCAAGCGAAAUAGAAGAAUUUUGUGCGAGGCUUGCGAAAGGUACACAGCCGCAUUAUUACAAGUCCCAGCCAAUACCAAGCAAUGAAGGAGAAACCGAAAACAUUCAUGUCAUCGUUGGAAAGACUUUUACUGAAUUGGUUCUAAGCAGUCCAAACAACAUUGUUCUUGAGGUACACACGCCUUGGUGCAUGAAUGGUGAUGUUGUAAAGAAGAAUGUUGAAAAGUUAGCAAAGCAUUUCAAAGGAUUGGACACACUAAUUUUCGCGAGAAUAGAUGCUUCUGUCAAUGAACAUCCAAAACUAGAGGUGGAAGAUUACCCAACGAUCCUAUUUUACCCAGCAACAGACAAAUCCAAUCCGAUCAAAUUGUCCACAAAAUCUAGCUUGAAAGAAUUGGCAGUAGUUAUCAACAAGAAUCUCAAAAACCAGCAGAAGAAUGAUGAACUAUAACAACAUUUUUGUUAAAGCACAAAAACUAAUAUCACCUUUACAGUAUUUGAAUCAAGUUAUUUUACUUAUGCGUGUUGAAAUGUGAGCCUUCCUUGUAGAUUAAAGGAUAUGAUUUUGAAAUACUAUAGAAUUAAUAACUUACAA